UUUGUGACGAAAGCAUUAUUGCCAAAGGUUUGUCAACCUUCACCGACCCUACCGUUUAAGCUUUUAGGCAGUGUUGGAAUUAGAUAUGCCCCCAGCCUCAUAUAUCUUAGGUAACAACGAGAUUCGACAUUACAAUUUACAAAUGUCCAUAGAGAAGAACCUCUGAAUUCUUUCCUGAAUCAUCACCCCUCUUCCGCAGACCAUUUUUCUCUUUCUGUCUCCCCUUGGCCGUCAAAAAAAAAAAAAUGAUUCCUUGCAUUUCCCGCAUGUCUUGCUUUUAACAUAUUCCUUGCCCUUGUAAGGCAUGAACAGAUGGAUUCCAUUCACAGGUUCUCCAUCCAUAAUCCACUUCCUUAAAACAAAAGCAUAUCUCUUGGUUUUCUAUAACUUUACAGCUCCAUGCCUCCAUGGCUCGGGAUUCACAGGCACCUCGUGUCACGCAAAUACAGGUCCGAGUGGACUGCAAAGGGUGCGUGCAGAAGAUAAAAAAAACACUAAAUGGAAUUCAUGGUAUACAUGAUCUUCGUGUUGACCUACUUCAACAAAAGCUCACAAUUAUUGGGUGGGCAGAUCCAGAACAAGUUGUCAAAGCAAUUAAGAAGACAAAAAAAAAUGCCACCAUUUGCUCUAGUAUUGAACUAACGUCUCCAUCUAAACCAACUGAACCAGAGCCAAAAGAAAAUGCACCAGUCCCUGAUGCAACACAACCACCACCAGCACGAGUUCCACCACCUCAAGCAAGCCCACCAUCAAAACCACCGCCUCAACGGCCACCACCUGAAGCAACACCACCAUCGCACAUACCUACACAGCACAAGACAAGCCGGCAGUGGCAGAACAACACAGGAAUUGAAGAAUUAGAACAGGUUCAUGUGAAGCAAUACUAUCAUCUGCCUAACAACGUUAACAGAUUCAGUUCUGGCCGCAACCAUGUUGAACACUGGCACAGAUACCAUAAUGGCCCUGUAUUUCUACAAGAGUCAUCCCGACCCAUGUAUGUGACACACAGCUAUAACACACACGUGCCUUCGUCAAUCGUCACUGAAUAUGAAUACGUCAGAUCACCAUCCAGACAAACACAUUACAAUUGUAUAGAACACUACAGUGGAGAUUACCAGAACGACAAUGUAAACAUCACAUCCAUGUUCAGCGAUGAUAAUCCCAAUGCAUGUUGCAUUGUCUAGUAGUAGUUAGGGUUUCAUGAGCUUUCAUAUGUCUUGAUAAGUGAGUUGUCGAAGACGAUUCGAAAAACUAUAAUUUGAAGAUUGAAAAUGAGAAUACUUUAGUUUGCAUGUGAUCCAAGAAUGGAGAGAAUAUUCCUAACUUCUGGGAGCUGGAAAAUUUUAUUCUGGAUUCCAUUCGUGAGACCCAAAAAGCGCGAUAAUAAAUAAAGGGUAAUAAAAACAUGUUCGGGAAGAGAUAUUUGUAACUAUAGCCAAAAAGAUAUCUUGCAGUUAACUUGCUACGUGUAGGCCAAUUUGGGGUAUGCAAAACUUUUAUCACGAAAUCAAAGCUGUUGUAGAUCUGGAGGAUACUAAAUCUUCAUCGUAGUAUUUUGAGCAUGUAUUCAAACAUGUAAAUAUGCCCGAGCUAUAUUUACGUAUUUUUACUUAACAAUAAAAAUCUCAAAUUACAUAAAUUAGGGGCCGCGUCAUUUUUUAACAAAUCUGGAUGAUACCAAAAUUUCUCUCUGAGGAUGUAUCUAUCUAUAUAGCAACAAAAUUGUGAACAAGGGGGGCUGGAUGAAAUACAGCAGCUUCCAUUCCUCUACAUCUUCGUCAGCCGCAAAAGAGACAACUUGGAACCCAAUCUGUA